AUGGCGAACGAUCCGUCUGAAGAGCAAGCCGUCUCGCCCUCGAUGGAACACGAGUCAGCAGACCCGGUGUACAGACCGCUGUCAAAGUUUUUGUUCAGACAGGCAGCCUUGUCCUUGCCGGAGAGGGCAGAGCAGUCAGUGAAUGCAGCAGAGGCAGAUGCGGUUGCAGUAGAGGAUGUCGAGGUGCUUGAGCCGACUGUUAGUGUAGAGAGUGUGGUGGCAGUGAAAGUUGGUACAGUCUGGGUGGAGGAGGUUGAGCUUGUGACUUCUGGGGCCUGUUGGGUUGGCUCAGAGGCGGCAGAAGUUGGGGUUGGCACGGAUGCGGCAACCGGCGUCGAGGUUGGCUCGGAGACAACUGUUGGGGCAGGCUGUUCAGAGACAACAGCUGGUGCCUGUGGGGUAGCAGUGGAGCUGGAACUGGUGGAGCUCAAUGCGGUGGAGGUGGAAGAAGUGGAAGAAGUGGAAGAAGUGGUUGCCUCAAUGGAGGAGCUUGCAGCUUCGGAAGCGGCAACAGACUCGGUAGAAGAAGCAGCAGUGGCCGAAGAGGAGCUCACGGUGGAAGACUCAGUAGAGGAGGUGGCAGAGGUGGAGGACUCUGCGGUUGAAGAGGAUGCCUCGGUGGAGGAAACAGUGGAAGCCUCAGUGGAAGAUGCGCUGGAGUAUGCGCUGGAGCUAGACACAGUCGACGAAGACUCGCUCGACGCACUGAUGCUCGAGAAAGUCUCCUCCAACAAGUCCUUCAUGGCCUCAACAUAA